UUUCAGUAGAGCUGCAGCUUAGAGGUGGAUAAAGUUCGUCUCCACGUUGGAAGUGAUAGAAAGUAUUAUCCCUAUUCAGGCACCGUUUCUAGUUUUUGGGAAGGAGGAUAAAUCAGAAAGGACCCUUGAGGUGUAAACACACUGAGGCUCGGCGGCAGGGGAACGACGUUUUUUGUUGAUGAUCGCACGGGUCACAAGAGAAAAGUUUUCUCAGGACACUAAGUUGUCAAGUGAGUUGAACUUCAACAAUAGGCGGACUCUAUCAAAAGACAGUUGAGAGAUAGUGAGUCACAGGACAUAUGUAAACAGUCAUUUUGGAUUUUUUUUUUCCAAGGAGAAAAGACCACCCUCGAGGUGAUAAAAACUUUAUGUCCAGAAAAAUGGAAGCGACGUUCUACGAAGAAGCCGUGAAUGCCUCAAACUCUCAGCAUGAAGGGACGGCAGUGUAUGGGUUCAACCCCAAAACCCUCAAACAGACCAUGACCCUGAACCUAAACGACCCGAAGAACUUCAAACCCCAGCUGGGCGCCAAGGCCCUGGACAUCCUGACGUCCCCUGAUGUCGGGUUACUGAAGCUGGCCUCGCCUGAACUGGAGAGAUUAAUCAUCCAGUCGUGCAGCGGGCUGACGACUCCCACCCCGACCCAGUUCGUCUGUCCCAAGAACAUCACCGACGAGCAGGAGGGCUUCGCUGAAGGGUUUGUGAGGGCUCUGGCUGAGCUCCACUAUCAGCAGCAGAUACCGGUCGUCCACCCUGACGCACAGACCGGCGCCACCAACAGCGUAUCCGGUACUGCUGCCUCCGAGAGCGGCGGGAUUCCCUACAGCUGCACGGUACGCACCGAGCCGCCAGAGUACACAAACUUGGGCAAUUUCAGUCGGGCUGUGAGCUCUGCGUCUGGACCUGCCAGCGAGAGGCACCCUGCUACAAGUUACCCUGCCGCCCCACAACCGUCCCACAACCACAUGGACCACCAGCUGGCGGCGGCUCAGCACCCGCGGCUACACGCGCUCAAAGAGGAGCCGCAGACGGUGCCAGAGAUGUCCGGCGAGACCCCGCCGCUCUCCCCUAUCGACAUGGAGAGCCAGGAGCGCAUCAAAGCGGAGAGGAAGCGUAUGAGGAACCGGGUGGCCGCGUCCAAAUGCCGGAAAAGGAAGCUGGAAAGGAUCUCCCGGCUGGAAGACAGGGUCAAAAACCUGAAGAGCCAAAAUACGGAGUUGGUUUCCUCUGCCAAUGUCCUCCGGGACGAGCUGGCUCUGCUCAAGCAAAAGGUCAUGGACCACGUUAACAGCGGCUGCCAGCUCAUUUUGACGCAGCAGCUCCAAGCUUACUAGACUGCCAAGGGAAAAGAACCAGGGGACAUUUCUUGAGGACCAAAUGCAGCUUAAAAUGGCCUGUUCAGCCUCGCAGGGGGGUCUCAUUUCAACUUUCCACCAAAUGAUCCUCCCAGGCUAUAUCCACACACGAAUGGUGACUUACGAGAUACUUGUAAUUGGUCAGUAUAAUGAGCUGUAACGGAGAAAAGGCCACCAAACUCAUUGCACAGACUCACAGCUCAGAGGGAACAUGUGCUCAUAUUACACCUCUGAUGUGACUUUGUUACGUAUUUCUGACAAUUUUCUUUUCUUUUUUUAAUUUCCAUCCAAAACUACAAAAUCAAAUUUGUAUUCAGUCAACCAGGGAAACAUGGCAAGUGUCCAUACCUUGCCACAAGCUAAUUGUCAAUUGAUUAUGGCCCACACAGUCUUCCAUCCUGACAGGACUGUCAGCGCUCGAGGGCGAUCAAAUUGCAAUAGGACAGAAACACAAUGUGAACCAGGUCUUGCCCUGCAAAUCUUCCACUAUGUGAAGUGUAUGUAUGUAUAUAUGUAUGCAUAUAGACUUGAGUCAAGCACUGAGUAUCCCACCAGCGACUAGCCUACAUGUACAGAGUAACACUUACAAAAAAAAAAGUUUCACACCUUUACGCAAGGACUCUUAUAGGUGUGUGUAGCGUUUACUGACAAGAACUGCCUUACUUUCUUAACCCUUGUGUUCAUACAACUUUGUGAUAUAGGUGUAACUAAUGUUAGACCUGAAAUAACACUUUGUAAUAAUAUUUGUACGCUGUUCUUUGAGCACUUCGACUGUAAAUAUGAGAAAAUAAAAUGUUAGACACGCGUGACGCGUUAGUAUGUUUGUGUGUGCUGAACAAUGAGGUGAGGUGGGGUGGGUGGUGUAUAAGAUCAGAUAAUUGAAUACAGUCUUUAUGCGAAGUGUUUGUUAUUGAAGGAACUGGGGCGGACGGGAUAUUGAGUCACCAGUGCAGUGAGAGGUGCUUGUAAUGGCUGGUGAAUCUUCUCGGCCUCCCAUUGGACGGCGAGGUCUCGGAAGUGAGCUGGCAGCCAAAUAUGGCAAUAGGUCCUGAGUGAGCACUUGGACGUGUGUUUGUGUGUGUGAAUCACCGUCCUCCUACUACAGCCGGUCACUCCUUGAGGAAAUGUAAGAAGCAAAAGCAGCGAGUAUUGAGGUAGAGGAAAAAAUGUUUUGAUGUAGGUUUAGAUAUAUUUUGUACAAAAAAGAUGCAUUUUAUUUAUUUUACC